UGAAUCAGUCGAAUAAAUAAUGGCUUGACAAUCAUUGUCUUAUUAUUUUAUAUAAAUAUUCAUAGUGAUUAAACAUGGUGUCAGAAGUAUAAAUACUAUAGAUAGACAUAACAAUGGGUGAGUCGAGCAAAGAUACUAUUAUUCCUACUAUUCCCCAAUCCCCACCCCGUCCACAAUACUCACAGCGGCAUGCCUUCCUCCGACCCCUGGAAUUUACGGAAUCCAUGGAGGAGAAUUGGAAACUAUGGGUCCAAAAAUUUAAAAUAUAUCUUCUUGCCGAGGACCUGGAAACAGUUUCCGACGAUCGUAAGGUCGCAUUAUUACUCCACAACAUGGGUGAUAAAGGAGUAGAGAUAUAUAACUCAUUUAAUUUAGAUACAAAACAAACCUUCGAUGAGGUCCUAAAGAAAUUCAAUUCUUAUUUCAUCCCAAAAGUUAAUAUUACCAUGCAGCGCCACAAAUUCUUCACGAGGGCACAAGGACCUACCGAGUCGUUUGAUGAAUUUCUUACUGACCUUCAAAAUAAAAGCAUGACAUGCAACUUUAGUGAUAAGAGGGAAGAACUCGUGCGGGAUGUCAUAGUAAUAGGAUUAGCCAAUUCCGCUAUGAAGGAGAGGCUACUGCGCACGGAAGAUCUAACCCUCCAAAAGGCAAUCACUAUGUGCAGAGCGGCCGAAUUAUCCCAAAAACAAGUCGCAGAACUAACGAACGAGAUACCUGCAACCUCCGUGCUCAACGUCAGCUCAACGCCGAUUCACGACGUCAAACACGUCAAUCCUGUCAACACGUCAAGAACAAGAAGCAUCAAGAUGAGAAAAUGCUAUCGUUGUGGCAAUAACUGGGAUCGUACUCAUCAAUGCCCAGCCAUGGGUUGCAAAUGCCAGAAGUGUGGCAUCCCUAAUCACUUUGCAAAAGUCUGCAGGAACAGACAAGUUGCAGCGAUAGUGCAACAACCAAGUGAGGACGUCGACAUGGACAGCGAGGAGACUUACUUCGUAGGCUGCAUCAAUAGCGAGUGUGAAUGAAAAUGCAAUUCCCAGAGCCGAUCCACCUCGUCGGGUCCCUAUAGCACUAAGACAAAACCUUAAAGAAGAGUUGGAAAAUAUGGUGAGACAACAAAUAAUUACCAAAAAUGAGGAUCCGAUGGAGUGGGUCAACUCUACUGUUGUAACCAAAAAGAAGAACAAUAAAAUUCGCGUAUGUAUUGAUCCCCGGUAUUUAAAUAAGUUUAUUAUAAGAACGCAUAAACAGUUGCCAACUGUCGAUGACAUACUAGAUAAGUUAUCAGGAUCUAAGUAUUUUUCCAAAUUCGACUGUAGCAGUGGAUUUUGGACCGUACAGCUUGACCCGGAGAGUUCAAAGUUGUGCACGUUUUCUACUCCAUUUGGAAAUUACUCCUAUAAAAGAUUGCCAUUUGGACUUUCCGUGUCAACGGAAGCGUUUCAGGAACGUAUGGAAGAGACGUUCAGUGACAUCGACAAUGUACAAUUUUAUGUGGAUGAUUUAAUUAUUUACGCUAACACCGUGGAAGAACAUAAUAAAGUGUUACUAAAUGUAUUGAAAAGAGCUCAGGAAUGUAAUGUCAAAUUCAACAGGGAGAAAUCUCAAAUUCUGCGUAAAGAAAUUUCAUUUCUAGG